UGGGCCACAUAUCCUCAGUUCAAUCAACCAGCCCAAAGCGAAGAGUCAACUUCGGAACUUACCCGAAGCUACCGAGUACAGUUCGUAGCUAAUUACCGGUCAUGGCUACAACCACCGUGAAACCGCUUCUAUCACCACCGUCGCUACUACUACUUCUUCUUCUUCUAUUCUCGUCGCUAAUUUCAAUCUCUCUCGCUUACAAACCCGGCGACAUCGUCCCCAUGAGUCGCAUGGGUCAAUACCACUCCUCGAGAACCGUGUGGCAGGAUCUCAUUGGUCGCCAUUGUCCCAUCUUCGCAGUGAAUCGUGAGGUUUUGAUUCCGAUACCGAAGCCAACGGGUUACACUGGAGCUGAUCCUUAUAAAAUAUCAUUUCAAGUUGGAAGGGAGAAGUUUUAUAUUCCGUGGCUUCUAGUGGUAAAUCGGAAAAGUACAGAGGUUCCAAUGAUUGAUAUAGAACUGAAAUAUUCAGGAAGUGAUUUGCUUGGUGUUACUGCAAAAGUUUUGGAUAUGCCACAUCACUAUGUUGAAAUUCAUCCUGAGAUCGGUAAACACUUCUGGGAUGCUCAGCAUUGGCCAAAGCAUAUACUUGCCCGAUACACAUGGAAGGAACAUUCCGAGAUAGAUGUCACUUCAGGAUUUUAUGUUCUAUUUGGUUCAGGGCUCUUGCUGUCUUUCAUCCUCUCAAUCUACACAUUGCAAUCUUCACGUGACAAAUUGGAAAGAUUUGUAAGGGAAACGGUUGCUGAAAGCAGCAUCCCUGUUGGAGAGAUAGCAAAAGUUGAAUGAUGCAUCCCCAAUCUCGUAAUGAAAUUGAUAAGAUCAGUUGGUGUUGGAGAGUAGUUCUUGCAUACACAGCUAUGAACCAGUCAUUUAUUUCUUGAUGGAGGUGAGCGCGAGGACAAGAGCUGUGAAGUGAGUAGCACAAAAUGUUGAUAUCGAAUAUAUUACAAUUCAUUUGGAAGGCUGGAUCUGUAACAUCAUAGUUAAAAAUGCUUAAAAUCUAUACAAAAACAAAUCAAAACGUAGCAUAUUAGUCAGAGUUUCAAACUCUUUUAUCAUUGAACUUAAUUUCAUUGUUGAAUUUUGUUCGUCUUGAGAUGAUUAUUUUCUUCUCCUGUGGUUACUAUCUGGUCGGCGUAAGUCAUUCCCUGCAAAUCAA